CCUUGGUAGGCCGCUCACGAGGUUCUUCCUUUCUCAGACACCACCUUUUCCGUGCGCGGAUCUGUGGCCUGGAUGGACUGGUGAAUUGCACCAAAAUUCACAUAAGUUCGGCUGUUUGAGUUGUACAAGAGAACUGCCAAAAUGCCGGCGUAUUUUCAGCGCCCAGAGAAUGCUCUCAAACGAGCGAAUGAAUUUCUGGAGGUUGGCAAGAAACAGCCAGCCCUGGACGUUCUGUACGAUGUCAUCAAGAGCAAGAAACAUCGAACAUGGCAGAAGAUCCACGAGCCCAUCAUGCUCAAAUACCUGGAGCUCUGUGUGGAUCUUCGCAAGAGCCACCUGGCCAAGGAGGGCCUCUACCAAUACAAAAACAUCUGCCAGCAGGUGAACAUCAAAUCUCUGGAGGAUGUGGUUAGGGCUUACUUGAAGCUGGCGGAGGACAAGACCGAAACGGCCAAAGAGGAGUCACAGCAGAUGGUCCUGGAUAUCGAGGAUCUGGACAACAUCCAGACUCCAGAGAGCGUACUCCUGAGCGCUGUGAGUGGAGAGGACACUCAGGAUCGUACUGAUCGGCUGCUCCUCACUCCCUGGGUGAAAUUUUUGUGGGAGUCCUACCGUCAGUGCCUGGACCUGCUCCGAAACAACUCCAAGGUGGAGCGCCUAUAUCAUGACAUCGCCCAGCAAGCAUUUAAAUUCUGCCUUCAGUACACCCGAAAAGCGGAGUUUCGUAAGUUGUGUGACAACCUGCGAAUGCAUCUGGGUCAGAUCCAGCGACACCACAACCAGAGCACUGCCAUCAACUUGAACAACCCUGAGAGCCAGUCCAUGCACCUGGAGACGCGUCUGGUGCAGCUUGACAGUGCCAUAAGCAUGGAGCUCUGGCAGGAAGCAUUCAAGGCUGUUGAGGACAUCCAUGGUUUGUUUGCUCUUUCCAAGAAGCCACCAAAACCUCAGCUUAUGGCCAACUACUACAACAAGGUCUCUACUGUGUUUUGGAAAUCUGGAAAUGCUCUUUUCCACGCUGGCACCCUCCAUCGCCUUUAUCAUCUUUCCAGAGAGAUGCGCAAGAAUCUCACCCAAGAGGAAAUGCAACGGAUGUCCACUAGAGUACUUCUGGCUACUCUCUCCAUUCCCAUUACGCCUGAGCGCACAGAUAUUGCUCGGCUUUUGGAUAUGGAUGGCAUCAUUGUGGAAAAACACCGCCGGCUGGCAACCCUACUGGGCCUACAGGCACCACCAACCCGCCAAAGUCUAAUCAAUGACAUGGUAAGAUUCAACUUGUUGCAGUAUGUGGUGCCCGAGGUCAAAGAACUUCACAGCUGGCUUGAAGUUGACUUCAAUCCCUUGAAGCUCAGUGGUAGAGUAACUAAGGUGCUGAAUUGGGUGAGAGACCAGGGUGAUGAGUUGUCUGACCUCCAACAAUAUGUCCCUCACUUGCAGAAUAACACCAUAUUGCGUCUUCUGCAACAAGUUGCACAGAUCUAUCAAAGCAUCGAGUUCAGUCGUCUGGCGUCUCUUGUCCCAUUUGUGGAUGCUUUCCAGCUCGAACGCUCCAUUGUGGAUGCUGCCAGGCACUGUGAUCUACAGGUCCGAAUCGACCACACCUCUCGGACAUUGAGUUUUGGCUCUGACCUGAAUUAUUCGACUAAGGAGGAUGCUCCACUUGGUCCCUUCCUGCAAAACAUGCCCUCUGAGCAAAUAAGAAACCAGCUGACUGCAAUGUCUUCCUCUUUGGCUAAGGCCCUGCAGAUCAUCAAACCUCCCUCCACGCUGCAAGAGCGUGAGGAGCAGAGUCAGCGGGCCAUAGCAGCUUAUUUGAAAAAUGGCCGCAAGGAUCAUCAGCGCAUCCUGGCCCGCAGACAGACUAUUGAAGAGCGUAAGGAGCGGCUCGAGAACCUGAACAUACAGCGUGAGAAGGAGGAACUAGAGCAGCGGGAGGCAGAGUUGCAGAAGGUCCGCAAGGCGGAGGAGGAGCGCCUGCUCCAGGAGGCUAAAGAGAGGGAGAAGGAGCGCAUUAUGCAAGAGCAUGAGCAAAUCAAGAAAAAGACAGUGCGUGAACGGCUGGAGCAAAUUAAAAAGACAGAGUUGGGAGCCAAGGCCUUCAAAGAUAUUGACAUUGAGGACUUGGAGGAACUGGAUCCUGACUACAUCAUGGCAAAGCAGGUAGAGCAGCUUGAGAAGGAGAAGAAAGAACUUCAAGAGCGUCUGAAGAACCAGGAAAAGAAGAUUGACCACUUUGAGAGGGCAAAACGAAUAGAGGAAAUUCCUCUUAUCAUAAAGGCCUACGAGGAGCAGCGUGUCAAGGACAUGGAACUGUGGGAAAUCCAGGAGGAGGAGAGGAUCAGUAACAUGAAAGUGGAACGAGAAAAGGCUCUGGAGCACAAGAAGCGCAUGUCCCGCAUGAUGGAGGACAAGGAAAAGUUUUUGUCUGAAAUAACUGCUGCUCGUAGCUUCAUUUAUGAGGAGAAACUGGAAACAUUCCAGAAGCGGUUGGUGGAAGAAAGGCGCGAUCGUCUGGAGGAAAGGAAGAGGCAACGUAAAGAGGACAGACGUAAGGCUUACUACCUCCAGAAAGAGGAAGAGGCACAGCGUAUCCAUGAGGAAAGUCUCAAAAAAGAGCGUGAGGACCGUGAACGCCUUGAACAGGAGCAGCGAGAGGAGGAGGAGAGGGAAUAUCAAGAGCGCCUUCGCAAGCUCGAAGAGCAGGAACGAAAGCAACGUGCUCGUCAGCAGGAGAUCGAAGAGCGUGAACGCCGUCGUGAAGAAGAGAGACGCACUGUCCCAGAGGAGAAACCAAAGGAAUGGAGUAGUGAAAAAGAGGAGGGAGGAUGGCGGAAGCGCACUGAACCAGAAUCAGAACGGCAACGUCCUGUACCUGACAGGGAAUGGAGACAAGAAGGUCAAGAGAAUGACAAGGAAGAGAAAGAGACACCCUUUCGGCAAGGAGAAGGUUUGCGCCGAGGUGGAGAUGACAGAGGACCUCGUAGAGGUUUUGAUGACGAUCGAGGUCCCAGGCGUGGAUUUGAUGAAGACAGAGGUUCAUCCCGGGGCAUGGAUGAUGACCGGCCUCCUCGUCGUGGCAUGGAUGACGACCGGCCUCCACGCCGGGGCAUGGAUGACGAUUGGCCUCCACGCCGGGGUAUGGAUGACUCCAGGGGUCCCAGGCGUGAUGAUGACUGGGGACCUAGAAGAGGAGACGACGAUAGAAGUGGAAGAAGAGAUGAUGGUCCUCGCCGGGGUGUUGAUGAAGCCAAACCCUGGAAACCACUCAGUAGGCCAGGUGGUUGGCGUGAGCGAGAGAAGGCUAGAGAGGAGAGCUGGGGGCCUCCUCAAGGUGGUGCCCGUGAUGACCAAGAUGAUAGAGCGGAACGACCCAGCGACCGCUUCAGAGAUCGUCCCAGAGAGGAGAAUCCAUGGAGGAGAUCAGAAGAAGGAGGCAGUUGGAGAGAUUCUCGCAAAGAAGACGCUGAUCGUGAUGACCGUCGUGGUGACCGAGACGACCGUCGCGGAGAACGUGAUGACCGCCGACGUGAUCGAGACCGCCGUGAUGAUCUUCCACAGAGAGCCCCACUAAGAGAUCAAAACGAUGGAGGCACCUGGCGACGCGGAGGUGAAGACAAGCGUGAGGAACAAGACAAGCAUGAGGAGCGAGACAAGCCCAAGGAGAAAGAGAGUGAGCACGACGGAGAGCCUGUGGAAGACAAGAACUGGCGUUCAGACAAAGAUAACAUUCGUCGCAUUAAGAAUGAGACCGACGAUGAUGGUUGGACCACUGUACGUCGCUAAGGUCCAUCCAUUUGCUCCCGGAAUAGUUAAUUGAUCAUGUCGGAAUAAUCUUCAAUAUCUCAUAUCCCUAAUUUCAAUAUACAAGCUUCCUGUGCAUUACUGUCUGAAUUAAAUGUCUUGAGUUUCCCUGGAGAUGGCUUUUCUUUUUAAUACUUACAGACUUUCAGCAGUUCUGAAAAAUGUAUUAUUGUAAACCCUUGUUGACAAUGCUGCCCCCUAGUAGACAGGAGUGUUGUUCUCCUAAAUAAUAGACAAAAGGACUCUAUAUAGCAAACUCGGUGAACCACCAACUGCCUCUUUUAAACUUGUAACUGCCAUGUUGUCACAUGAUGGCACUACACACAGGCUACUUGCUUCAGUGUCAUGCUUCUUCAUAUGUUAAAUGAGUGAAAUACCAAUUUUGAAGUGCAUGCUUAUGAUUACUACAUAUGUUUCAUCUGAUAGUUUGCUUCUGACUCACUGCAUUCAAUUUGCUUCUGACUCACUGCAUUCAAUAGUGUCACACUAUUUUGCAUGUGAAUUGAUACAAUCCUUUAUUAAAAUGUGUGUGCUCCAA